CGGUAGCUCAGUAUGUCCGUUAUACCCAAGCAUAACUGUGCUUUACUUUGUAAUUACAAAAAGGUUAUUACAAUUAUUAUUUCAGGGGUCUGAGAAAUAUUCUGUGUAAAAAAUUUAUGAUGGCGGAAGACGAUGAACAGCCACUUUGUGACUCGAUUGCAGACGACUCGGGCUUUAGUCUGCUCCGAAGUAUAGACGAGAGUAUGUUCGGGGAACAGAACUUCUCUUCAAAGAUGUUUAUUCCCGGGGAAAGCCCUAUAUCUGGAGAUAUCGAGAAUCAAUCUGAGUUCAACUUUUCCAAUGGAAUAUCAGUUUUGACACCGGAAACUCCUGUUCCAAGUACAACAGCAACAACAAUGGGUCUAGCUGGAAGUUCAACUGAUUCCCCCGGUUCCUCGACAUAUGAAGACUCCGCUGGGUAUAUCCAUCACAUGGUGUCAGCCAAUCAGAUCUUGAUGCACAUCAACCCUGGGGACAUGCCUAUGCCAGAGAAUCCCACACAUUGCACCUUAAUGGUAGAGAGUGAGAACCCACAGACUAAAAAGAAAGAACUGAAAAGAUAUGUAUGUGACUUUGAUGGCUGUGCAAAAACAUACAGUACCGCUGGUAAUCUAAAAACACAUAGGAAAACACACUUGGGGGAAUAUACAUUUAUCUGCAAUGAAGAUAACUGUGGUAAAUCAUUCCUCACAUCAUACAGUUUGAAGAUUCAUGUUAGAGUGCAUACCAAGGAAAAACCUUUUGGGUGUGAGAUUAAGAAUUGUGAGAAAACCUUCAACACCUUAUACAGAUUGAAGGCCCAUCAAAGGCUCCACACUGGGGAGACCUUCAACUGUCAGUCAGAGAACUGUCCUAAGAUCUUCACCACACUAAGUGACCUUAAGAAACAUGUUAGAACUCACACUGGAGAAAAGCCUUACAAAUGUGAGAAUGAUGGCUGUGGGAAAGCAUUUGCAGUAAGUCACCACUUGCGAACUCACACAAAGACACAUGGAGACGACAGAGAAAAGAUCUACAAAUGCAGUGAAACAAAAUGUACAAAGAAGUUCCUCUCACAGAAUGGCUUGAAAUCCCACCAGAAGAAGGGACACCCAGACCCUGAACAUAUUAUGGAAGUGAAUGCAACAAUACCUGAUCUACCCUGUCAGAAAGGAGAGGCCUGUUGUUCAGGAUGCAUAUGUAAACCUAGACCUGAACUCUCUGCUGCUGCCAGUCAACAGACAAGCAAACAUUUUACAACAAUUUUCAUACAGGAUACAAGCAAACAGGAUGAGAUUGUAAUGAGGCCAGUGAGAGUCCCCACUUCAAUGUUGAAAUCUGCUGAUGGUGUCCUCACACUCAAAGAGGGGUCAAAGCAAUGCAUUAUCAACCUACCACCCCCUGGAGACGAGAUUCAAACCUAUGAACUCAGUACUCCAUUCAUGGUGAGCAACCAGCCUGAAACUGGAGAUGUACAGAUCAUAAGUCCCCAUCCUGUAACGGCCUCUUAUCCCCAGAAAAAUCACCAAUCAGACGCAGCUCCACAGGAAAAAACACCUUCAAAUCUGUCUAAUGUUAUCUCCGGCAGAGAUGUAUCAAUCCCAUUAGAUCUUGUAGCCUCAGAUUCAAAUCAACCAAUCACAAAUGCAGCUGGAAUAACACAGCAGCCAAUCACAGCUCCUAGUACAUUUAAUCGACCAAUCAGUGUUUGUGAAACAGUGAAUGUUGGGACUGACCUUAAACAGCCAAUCACAACCCCUGGUAAAACCUGUUUCACUCAGCCCAUGUUGAUUGAGGAGUACAAAACAGUGGCACCAAUGAUGAGUGAAGAACCACUAGGAGUGUUAGAAGCAGUGAAUGAAUUAAACCAGAGUAACGAACAGAGACAACUGGGACUUGCUCAGCAGAUAAAGCCCCAGGAGACAGGGGUUUUACAACAAAAUGUGCUUAGUCAAGUGGACACUCAAGCCCUUAGUACCCCAGUUAAUCAGCUGCAACCUUUCAAUGAAUCCACAGAUGAGAAUCCAACAAUUAAUGCUCCCCAGGUAGUGCAGUAUGUAAACGUUGAAGAGCAGAAUAUGAUAUUUCAACAACUGGCUGUGACUGAAAGCAAAUGGAAUGGACAAGUUGUACCUAAUCAAACAAUAAACUCAACAGAGCUAGCUCAACAAAACCUUUUGCAGAACGACCCUUCAAUACAGGAACAGUUAAUGCUAGACCAUUCUGGCACAAGUCAAUCUAAUGUCAUACUACAGGUCCCACAGAUUGCAACCCAGGGGCUUAAGACAAUAAACACUGAUCAAAUGGCUACCAUUUCUGAUGACUACAAAGUGUCGCUGAAAAUGACUGGUGAAUCCAGUACUCCUCAAUUUGUGGUUAGAGAAGAUGGGGGUAACACUGUAACAAUGCUUACAAAUGUGGUGUUCGACCAAGAACAAUAUAACAAUCAAGACCCACCUCCUUAUGGUUCUGAUGCGAUGAAUCAGGAUCUUGUAGCUGCUAAUAUUACUGAUGCCAAUACGAUAUCUUUAGGGAAUACUGAAAGUGUUUUGGAACAGCUUGACCCAAAUGGGGAAUGCCGUUUUCUUAUUAAAGAUGAUAAUGGGGAUAAUCCCAUUGUUAUUUCUGUUGAAGAUCUGUUGAACAGAGUAAAAGAUGGCACUGUGUUGGCUGGUUGCCAGUCUACAGAUUGUGUGUUGUCAUGUAGCGCUGCCUGUCAACCAAUCACAACUUCCAUAGCAACUCUAUCUAGUUCGACUGACACUGCACCAUCAAUGAGCUAAAUUAUUAUUAUGUCACUGCAAAAAGUGUUGACAUAUUGUUAUGGUCUCCAACAAAGGGCAGGUGGUGAUAUUUUGCAUGUCAAAAUCUUGUUUUAGUACCAUCGCGCAUUUUUUCGUGUUAAUACCUAUUUAAUUCCAUUAUAAUUGUGCAUAUAAUGUGUACCUGAAUGCAUGUUACUAUGACAUCAGUAAAUUUUAAUGACUUUGUUUUAUUUAUUAAUUCUCUA